AUGCAAAAACAAGCAAAGUGGGAUUUUUCUGAAACUAACCUUGCAAAUUUUGGUUCAAAUAUCGAAAAGGAAGCUCAUUAUCAAGCCGGAGCUCAAGAACAAGCGUGGGCGGAUCCCACCACAAAAGUUGGCAUAGAAGCUGGUUUAUGGGUAUGGCGUAUUGAAAAAUUUACCGUGAAAGCAUGGCCAAAAAACAAAUACGGUGAAUUCUAUUCAGGGGAUAGUUAUAUUGUUCUUCAUUCCUAUAAGAAGAAUAAAGAUACUGAGGCCUUAGCGCAUGAUAUUCAUUUUUGGCUUGGAUUGGAUAGUUCUCAAGAUGAAAUUGGAACUGCUGCUUACAAAACGGUUCAAGAUAAUGAAUCCACAUUAUUCAUUACUUAUUUCCCUCAUUUUCGUGUAGAAGAGGGUGGAAUUUCAUCCGGAUUUAAUCAUCAUUCACCUAAAGAAUAUCGUCAUCGAUUACUUAAGAUCAAAUUAAUUAAACGUACAGUGGUAAUUCGAGAAGUCCCUAAAGAUUAUACGUCUUUAAAUUCGGGUGAUGUCUUUGUUUUAGAUACCGGUGUUAUACUUUAUCAACUUAAUGGAAAGAAGUCUCACGGAGUUGAAAAAGUUAAAGCAGCAGAAUUUGUUCAAGCUGUUGAAAGAGAUAAAGAAAUGCCAAAAUUCUGGGAAGCACUUGGAAGUAGUGGACCUAUUAAACCUGCAUCAGAAGAUAAAGAUUCUGAUAUUGCAAAUAUUCCCAAGAAAUUAUUUAGAGUUAGUGAUUCUUCUGGUAGUUUGACCUUUACUGAAGAAUCUGUUUUCAUAUGGAUUGGACUUAAAUCCACUGUUAAAGAGAAAAAAUAUUCAUUACAAUAUGCUCAGGAAUACAUCAAGAAAUUUAAUCGUCCAGAGCAUACACCAAUUACUCGUGUCAUGGAAGGUGGUGAAAAUGAUGUUUUCCUCAAGAGCUUUGAAGAAAAAACAAUUUAA